AUGACCUCAGAGCAGCGGCAGAACCUGCUGGCCUUCGGAGACUAUGUCAGGAAGACGCUGGACCCCACCUACAUCCUCAGCUACAUGGCGUCCUGGCUUAAGGAGGAUGAAAUACAGUAUAUUCAGGCUGAGAGAAACAACAAGGGCCCGAAAGAGGCUGCCUCGGUUUUUCUUCAGUUCUUGUUGGAGCUCCAGGAAGAAGGCUGGUUCCGUGGCUUUUUGGAUGCCCUAGGUCAAGCAGGUUAUUCUGGACUUUAUGAAGCCAUUGAAAGUUGGGAUUUCCAAAAACUUGAAAAAUUAGAGGAGCAUAGAACACUUUUAAGACGUUUACAACCAGAAUUUAAAGCCAGAAUUAUUCCAACAGAAAUCCUUCCUGAAAUAGCUGAAUGUUUAUUUGAACAGGAACAUGAAGAAAUUCGGCAGGUUUGCUACAAUAAAGGAAUGAUGGCAGGUGCAGAGAAAAUGGUUGAAUACCUUCUCAGAUCAGAUAAAGAGAACUGGCCCAAGGCUUUGAAACUCGCCUUGGAGAAAAAAGACAACAAGUUCAGUGAACUGUGGACUGCAGGGGAAGUAGGUGCAAAAAUUGUUCAAAUAAAAGAUGUUGAAGAUGAUAGAAUGGACACUUCCAACAUAGAGUUUUUCUACCAGGAAGUUCCCGAAGACCAGAAUCUUAGUCAGACUCCCUGUCCACCCUCAGAAAUGACUCAACACAACCCAUUGAAACCAAGAGAGUACCAACUGGAGCUUGCUUUGCCUGCUCAGCAAGGAAAAAAUACAAUAAUAUGUGCUCCUACUGGUUGUGGAAAAACCUUUGUUUCACUUCUUAUAUGUGAACAUCAUCUUAAAAAAUUUCCACAAGGACAAAAAGGAAAAGUUGUCUUUUUUGCUAAUCAUGUCCCUGUAUAUGAACAGCAGAAGUCUGUGUUCUCAAGAUAUUUUGAAAGACUCGGGUACAGAGUUGCAGGCAUUUCUGGAGCAACAGCUGAGAAUAUCCCAGUGCAACAGACUAUCGAGAACAAUGACAUCAUCAUUUUAACACCACAGAUUCUUGUGAACAACCUUAAAUAUGGAACUAUUCCAUCAGUGUCUGUCUUCACUAUGAUGAUAUUUGAUGAAUGCCACAACACCAACAAACACCACCCCUACAAUGUGAUCAUGUUCAACUAUCUAGAUCAGAAAUUUGGGGGAUCUUCAGAGCCACUGCCGCAGGUCAUCGGGCUGACUGCCUCUGUUGGUGUUGGGGAUGCCACAACCACAGACGAAGCCAUGGCUUACAUCUGCAGACUUUGUGCCGCUCUUGAUGCCACAGUGAUUGCGACAGUCAGAGAAAACUUGAAAGAGCUGGAGCGAGUUGUUCACAAGCCCCAGAAAUUUUUCCGGAAAGUGGAAUCACGGACUAGCAACAAAUUUAAACUUAUCAUAUCUCAGUUGAUGAAGGAGACAGAGUUCCUGGCGAAGAAUAUCUCUGAAGAACUUGGAAAUUUAUUUGAAAUUCAAAAUAGAGAAUUUGGAACACAGAAAUACGAACAGUGGAUUGUUGAUGUUCAUAAAAAGUGCUCGGUGUUCCGGAUGGAAGACAAAGAGGAAGAGAGCAGGAUUUGUACUGCGCUGUUUCUGUAUACUUCACAUCUGCGGAAAUAUAACGAUGCUCUCAUUAUCAGUGAGGAUGCACAAAUGAAAGAUGCUUUGAAUUACCUGAAAGACUUCUUCAAAAAUGUCCGAGCAGCAGGAUUUGAUGAGAUUGAGCAAGAUCUUAGCUGGAGGUUUGAAGAAAAGCUGAAGGAACUAGAAAGUAUUUCCACGGAUCCCAGCAACAAGAACCCGAAACUCAGAGACCUCUACUUGAUCUUACAAGAAGAAUACCACUUAAAUCCAGAGACAAAAACCAUUCUCUUCGUGAAAACCAGAGCCCUUGUGGACGCUUUAAAGAAAUGGAUUGAAGAAAAUUCUGCACUCAGCUUUCUAAAACCUGGCAUAUUAACUGGACGUGGCAAAACAAGUCAGGCAACAGGAAUGACCCUCCCAGCACAGAAGUGUGUAUUGGAUGCAUUCAGAAACAAUGGAGAUAGUAAUAUUCUGAUUGCCACCUCGGUUGCUGAUGAAGGCAUCGACAUUGCUCAGUGCAAUCUGGUCAUCCUGUAUGAGUACGUGGGCAAUGUCAUCAAAAUGAUCCAAACCAGAGGCAGAGGAAGAGCAAGAGAUAGUAAGUGCUUCCUUUUGACUAGUUAUGCUGAUGUAAUUGAAAAAGAACAUAUGAACAUAUACAAGGAAAAAAUGAUGAACAAAUCCAUUUCGAGACUUCAGAAAUGGGAUGAAGCAAAAUUUGAAAAAACGGUUCAUGAUAUACAGAUUGAGGAAAAAUCCAUCAGAGAUAGUCAACAAAAACCAAAACCUGCCCCUGAUAAGAAAAACAAAAAACUGCUCUGUGGCAAGUGUAAAGUCUUGGCAUGUUAUACAGAUGAUAUACGAGUGAUAGAGGAAUCCCACUACACUGUAGUUGGAUGUGCUUUUAAGGAGCGAUUUGUGAGUAAACCACAUCCCAAACCAAAGAAGUUCGGAGGUUUUGAGAAGAAAGCAAAGAUCCUCUGUGCCAGACACAACUGUGGCCAUGACUGGGGAAUCCAUGUGAAGUAUAAGACACUUGAGAUUCCAGUCAUAAAAAUCGAGAGUUUUGUAGUAGAGGAUAUUGCAACUGGAGAUCAGACACGGUACUCAAAGUGGAAGGACUUUCAUUUUGAGUGGAUACAAUUUGCUGCUACAGAAACACCCAAAUGACUAUCUUAGGGUCCCAGUCUUUUGUGUUAGGGAAUGGUGACUUUUAGUGAAGAAGAAAUUGACCAUUGGGUACAAUCAUGGAUUGCUAUACCUCUGUGAAGGUAUUUUGUGUAAGGCCUAUGCUGUUUAAAUAUUUAUCGGUUAACUUCACCUUCUGUUUGUUUUCAACAGUUUGCACCAUAUAUAUGCAAAGCAUACUUUUGGGAGAACUGUAGCAACUGAAUACUUUGUAGGUCAACAGAACUUACAGUACUUGGGGAAAAGAAAAAAAAUCUUGUUUCUGUCCUUUUCAGAACCUACUGCCAGUGAUCACAGUAGCUACUGGACACACUUGGGAUGAAAUGAGUGAUGGAAUGUUGAAAGGUUUUCCACGCCUCCCUUUCUUUCCUUAACUUACAGUAAACUGGAACAAUCCCUGAAACUGCUCUUUUCAAGGUGGCCAGAUUCACUGAGCCCUCCUUGGUUCUUCUAUUUGACCUCUUUGCUGCCUGUAACCCCAGCUACUUGGGAGGUGGAGAUUGGGAGGAUUGCUGUCUGGCCUUAGGCCUGAGACCCUAU